UUUGUUUUAUUAUUCCCUAUGUUUCCUUUGGGAAAAAUUAAUUAUUUUAAAAAUUAAUUGGCUAUAAACUUCAUGGCAGGUGUUGAUAGAACGAAAGACGCUGCAGACCAAAAUUUUGACUAUAUGUUUAAAUUACUUAUAAUAGGAAACAGUUCUGUUGGAAAAACAUCAUUCCUCUUCAGAUAUGCAGAUGAUAGUUUUACAUCGGCAUUUGUGAGCACUGUAGGAAUAGAUUUUAAAGUCAAAACUGUUUUUAGACACGACAAACGUGUAAAACUGCAAAUAUGGGCUGUUUUCGAAAGAUUGGUGGAUAUAAUUUGUGACAAAAUGUCGGAUAGUUUGGAUACUGAUCCUACUUUAAUGAGUGGAGGAGCGAAAGGACAACGUUUAACUGACCAACCUCAAGGUCCUCAAGCUGCCAAUUGCAAUUGCUAAUAAUCUUAUUUAAUUUUACCCAAAUAGACAUUUAAAAAUUCAUUAAAAACUUUGACCAGGAUAAAUAAUUUACUAGAGACUGACAAUUCGCAUGUCUUUACAGGCGUAUUUUGCAUUUCUUGUAAUUUGGAAUUGUAAAGGUAUAGAUGGUGAAUUUAAAUUGUAUUUUAUUUAAGCAGAAAUACAAAAUGAUCAUAAAUAAAAUUCCAUAAUUUUUAGUGGUCUAAAAUAUUUAUAUAGUAAACUAGACAAAAUCUCAAGUAUUAUAUUGAUUUACUUUCAAUAGAGAAA